UGGUCUUCAAGCCAAGAGAAGCAGUGAAAGACAACUAUUUACAGAUAGCUGGAGACGUGGAGUACUGACUUCACAGUGGCAAGGCGGAUUCAACCAGUUGAUUAAUCUUGGAGAAGUGAAGAAAGCUGCAGCAAAUCUAUGCGGUUUCUCAGAAAUGUGGAUAGCAGCGGUUAUCACUUUUCUUGUAGCUGGGGUUAUACAUCAGAUGGUAAAACCACCUCCUUCAAGAAGGUGUGGUUCAGUUAAUGGUCCCCCUGUAACCUCACCUAGAGUCAGACUGAGUGAUGGAAGGUAUUUGGCUUACAAAGUCCGAGGAGCUGCGAAAGAAAAUGCUAAACACAAAGUCAUCAUCAAUUCUGGUUUUUCUGCCUCAAAAGAGACCUAUAUACCCGUGUCAGAUGAGUGGUUGCAAAAGUUGAGCAUAUUUCUUGUUACAUUCGACAGACCAGGAUACGCUGAGAGUGAUCCAAAUCCUAACCGCUCACCAAAAAAUGAUGCUCUUGAUAUUCAAGAACUUGCUGAUCGACUAGAGCUUGGCCCAAAGUUUUAUGUCGUUGGAGUAUCCAUGGGUUCUUACCCUGCAUGGGGUUGUCUCAAAUACAUACCUCAUCGGCUUGCAGGUGUAGCAUUUAUAGUUCCAGUAAUCAACUACUGGUGGCCUUCACUUCCUUCUGAAAUAUGCAGCAAAGCGUAUAGUAAACUGGCAUUGAAGGAACAGUGGAGACUCCGGUUAAUCCAUUAUUCCCCUAAAUUAGCAUGGUCGGUGCAGCGAUGGUUUCCUUUCCCUACUAUACAUUCUAUUCUGAAGGACAACCCCAAAGCUUUCAGUGAGAGUGACCUAGCUAUCAUGAAAAUCCUGUCAGAUGUACCCGCUCCUGAUAAGGACAUGAUUGCCCAGCAAGGCUUAUAUGAGUCCUUGUACAGAGACACUGCAGUUGCAUACGGCUCCUGGGACUUCAACCCAUUAGAACUUACCAGCCCAUAUCCUGAAAACAGCAGCAGCUCAGUUCACCUGUGGAUAGGACGCGAAGAUGGCAUUGUUGCACCAGAACUAUCACAUCAUGUUGCAGGAAGACUGCCUUGGAUCCGCACCCACGAAGUUCCGUAUGGUGGGCAUCUUUUCUUACAUGACAAGAAUGUCUGUGAAAUGAUCUUGAAGUCACUAGUUCUCGGGGAAAACCCUUCUUUUGAGUAGGCUUUAAUAAUGUUGAAACUUAGUCGUCUCGUCCUCCUUGAGCUUAAUGCUGGGUUUUUUUUCUUCUGAACUAUGUUUUACUAUUUCAGUAUCUCUGCAAAAUAGCUCAUGACAGAGAUCAGAGUUGUUAUUUUUAUGCAGAGAAGGUUGUACUAUACAAGUAUAAUAUAGCUGUGUUGGGAGUAUAA